CAGGGGCGGAUUGACCAUUCGAGCACUCGGGCACUGCCCGAGGGCCCGGGGUCAGAAUGGGACCCCAUGAAAUGCCCCUGGUACCUUUUAUAGGCUUUUUUGGGUGUGCUUUGAGUGUGGGCAAGGACACGGGCCCCAUGAUCCCCUAUUGCCCAGGGGCCCCAUGAGUUGUCAGUCCACCCCUGUAACGUGUCAGUGUAACACUUCAAGGUACCUAUUACCUCUCAGAGAGAUCACAAUGUUCUCUAUGACAAUGCCAUCAUCUGCUUUUCUCUCCAGGAGGAAGGAGCCACCUUUG